AUGCAGCUCACAAGUAACAAGGUUCAGGGGAGUGGAGGGCCGGAGGGCCCGCCACCGCCAGGACAGGACGGUUGUGCGCACCCCAGAUUUGAAGGGGAGGCUGCUGAUGAAGUCCUGGCUCGCCGGAGUUUGUUGCCGUUCUGGCCCGACCCACCUCCGCUACUUUGCAGCCUCAUCCUCCAGCUCAACAGAGUAUCGUCGGUGGUAGGGUUAUCUAAUAGGAGUGGCGGAGUAAGCAUUGGAAACUGUUCUACGUUCCUUCCCAAGGCGGUAGAAGCUUUAUGUGAGAAGGCAGACGAGAAAGCAGCGGAAGAGAAGCCGUCCAUCCAACAUCUCGUGGUUUGUAGUGCUUCAAAAACCAAGGACCCUGUAUCAUCCCCGCCGUCGUCCCCGUCACCGACCUCCUCCGACCUUGAGGAAAUGCCUGACGACGACGAAAGGAUCCCGGAGUGCGACUACUGCGGCGACGACCGGGGUCUGUGCGACAGGCCUCACUUGGUAGACGGUCGGCGCUUCAGUAUUAAGCUUGACGAGACCUUCAAUGUUGAAAUGAGGUCUGAGGAAUGGAUGUUGGUGAGAGCUAAUGAACUGAAGGAAGAUGUAUGCAUGAUGUUUAAGUCUUGUAACAAUAUGGCAAUGCAAAUUUGCUUACUGGAUACACUCCAACAUCUCGGAAUAGAUUACCACUUUAAAGAGCAGAUCGACACUAUGCUAAGCCAGAUCGUGGAAAGUGAUUUUUUUAGUAGCUCAAGCCUCAGUGAAGUUGCUCUGGGGUUUCACUUGCUUCGGGAGCAUGGCCGUUGGGUUUCUCCAGACAUCAAUUUCAGUAAGGAUAUACCAAAUGAUUCAAGGGGGCUAUUGAGUUUUUAUAAUGCAGCUCAUCUUCAUGUUCAUGGUGAGCCAACACUCGAAGAAGCCAUAACUUUUGCAAGGCAUAAUCUUAGAUCAAUGAGGGGUAGUGAUCUCAAGACCCCACUAGCUAAUCAAGUCAAACGGGCCCUUCACAUACCACUGCCAUGGGCCUGUAAGAGGAUAGAAACACUGCAUUAUAUCUCUGAGUACAAAGAAGAGGAAGGAUAUAACCCGGUUCUACUCGAGCUCGCAAAACUGGAUUUUAACCUUCUACAACAUGUCCACUUGAAGGAGCUCAAAGCCAUUACUGAGUGGUGGGACAACUUUUCUACAAAUAUUGGACUAAGUUAUAUUCGUUGUCGCGUGGUAGAGAGCUACACUUGGGCCUAUGUGGUAUAUUAUCAGAGAGGUUUCAAACUACCAAGACGCAUUAUCGCAAUGAUGAUUGUACUUAUUACCACUGUGGAUGACACAUAUGAUACCCAUGCCACGAUAGAUGAUUGUCGGAAGUUACAUGAAGCCAUACAAAGAUGGGAUGAAAGCGCUGUUGAUAUUCUAUCAGAGUACCUGAAGAGGUUGUAUAUGGAGUUGCGGAUAACAUUUAAGAAUAUUGAGGAUGAAGUGCCAGUCAACGUCGACUACAAUGUUUCCUACCUUAGAAAAGCGUUUCAAAAUCAUGUCAGCGGUUACCUACAAGAGGCCGAAUGGUCACACAAUAAUCACUGGCCAAAAUUUGAAGAUCAAGUAAAUUUGACUAGCCUAACGAUAGGCGGACCAACACUAUCGCUGAGUGUGAUGGCAGGCGUGGAUAGAAAAAUAAUGAAGCAGUCACUCGAUUGGGCAGCUGGCGUACCCGACGUUGUCAUAGCAGGUGGAAAGAUUGUACGUUUUAUGAACGACAUUGCUGCAUUUAAGCGUCGGAAGUGCAAGGGUGACGCAGCAAGCUCCGUGGAGUGUUACAUCCAUGAGCAUGGAGUCACAGACAAGGUGGCCAUUGCAAGGAUCGAUGAAAUAAUAGAAGAGGAAUGGAAGAUUUUGAACCAAGCUCGCUUUGAAAAUCAUGCACUUCUCCCAGCCUUGCAACAAAUUAUUGAUUUAACACGCAGCUCGUCGUUGUUCUAUGAUAAUAGGAAUGAUGUGUACACACUAAGUACACAUCUUCAUGAGACCGUCGAGAGCCUAUUCCUCAAGCCCAUCUAG